UGAGGAAAGCUUCAUGUUAUCACUAGAUUGUAAAGAAGAAGAUGAAGAUAUCGAGCAGCCCUCUAAAGAAGAAAACCUCAUUAUCUUUACAGUCCAUCCAGGACUUCACAGUACAGAUUUAUCAUAUAAUAUUCCUAAUGAUGAGGAACCUUCUCCUGACCAAUCACAGAUUGUUACUACAAGUACCAGGCAGAAAAGGUGCAAAACGUUUCAGUGUGAGGAAUGUGGAAAACAGUUUACACAACACUCAGGUCUUUUUACCCACAGAAAAAUUCACACAGGAGAGAAGCCAUAUUCAUGUCUAGAAUGUGGGAAAUGUUUUAUGUAUAAAUCUCAGCUUGUGAAGCAUGAGAGAAUUCACACAGGGGAAAAGCCAUAUUUGUGUUCAGAAUGUGGGAAAUAUUUUUCUACUAAAGACAAUCUUAAGGUCCAUCAGAGAAGUCACACAGGAGAGAAGCCGUAUUCAUGUUCAGAAUGUGAGAAAUGUUUUACAGAAAAAUCAGGUCUUGUCAAACAUCAGCGACAUCACACAGGAGAGAAGCCUUAUUCAUGUUCAGAAUGUGAGAAAUGUUUUACAGAAAAAUCAGGUCUUGUCAAACAUCAGAGAUAUCACACAGGAGAGAAGCCGUAUUCAUGUUCAGAAUGUGAGAAAUGUUUCAGCGAUAAAUCAGGUCUUGUCAAACAUCAGCGACAUCACACAGGACAGAAGCCAUAUUUACUUACAUGUUCAGAAUGUAGGAAAUGUUUUACUUCUAAAGCCACCCUCAAGGUUCAUCUGAGAAUUCACACAGGAGAGAAGCCAUAUUCAUGUUUAUUAUGUGGGAAAUGUUUUCCAGGCAGAUCAUAUCUUGUUAAACAUGAGAUGAGUCACACAGGAGAGAAGCCGUAUUCAUGUUCAGAAUGUGGUAAAUGUUUUACAAAUAAAUCACAUCUUUUUAGACAUGAGAGAAUUCACACAGGAGAGAAGCCAUUUUCAUGUUCAGAAUGUGGGAAAUGUUUUAUUACUAAAGACAACCUGAAGCUUCACCUGAGAAGUCACACAGGAGAGAAGCCAUAUUCAUGUCCAGAAUGUGGAAAAUAUUUUACAGGCAAAUCACAUCUUCUAAGACAUCAGAAAAUUCACACAGGAGAGAAGCCAUUUAUAUGUUCAGAAUGUGGCAAAUGUUUUGCACAAAAGACAAAUCUCGUUACACAUAAGAGAAUUCACACAGGGGUGAGAAAAUUUUGAGAUCAUCAGAGAGAAAACACAGAGAGUAAACUAUAUUCUUGUUUGGAUCAUGGGAAAUGUUAUGAGGUAUUAAACCCAUUAAGUUAUUCACAUACAUUCUCUCCCAAACACCGAAAUUAUAUUAACUAGAGGUCAUCAGUGACUGGGAUCCAUGGAGGAAUAGCAUGGUGGAUAUAAGAAAGAAAAGGAGGAGCACUGUUUACCGUCAGAGCAUUAAAGAUGAA